AAGAUAUAAAUAGCGGUCACCGUGGUGAAUUAUUUUGGAUGUCGCAAUUAUUAUGCAAUGGAACUGAAUCGAGCUUAAUGGACUGCACAUUCACUAAAGGGCCGAUACUUCCUUGUAACUACAAUCCCGAGCAUCUGGCUGUUCAGUGCAUUGAUAUAGAUGAAUGUUUAUCAAGUCCGUGUCUUAAUGGAGGUUCGUGUGAAAAUGGAAAUAUGUCAUACUCAUGUCAGUGUCUUGGCAAAUGGAGCGGUACAAACUGUGAGAUAGAUCUAGAAUAUGAUGCCUGUAUAGACAAACCGUGUCUCAACAAUGGAACUUGCAAAGAUUUACUUGAAGGAUUUCAAUGUGUUUGUGCUAUUGGAUUCGAUGGGGAUAUUUGUCAAAAUAAUAUCAAUGACUGUGAACCACCACCAUGUAGAAAUGGAGGCAGUUGUGAGGACAGAGUCAACGGAUUCAAGUGUUACUGUCUAAAUGGAUACUCUGGCAUUAAUUGUCAAAUAGAAAUUGAAAGCCAAACUACGUUGAUAGCAGUACUUACGUCAGCAACUUGUUUGUUACUACUUGGCAUGGUCCUGAUUGGUUGUCUUUGUCUCAGGUACAGGAGGAAACAGAAAAAGACAAAAUCAAAAGAAGAGCCUAAACCAAAACCUGAGGAGGGAGCAGGCCAAGAAAAAAAUACCACAGAGCAAGAGGGGUACAAACAUAUUUACCAUUCUGUGAAAGAGAAUGCUUUCGAAACAGACCAUGGCGAAGUAUAUGCUGAAAUAAAAGAAGGGGAUUUGGAUGAUUAUCUAUCUCCAGCAUCAGUUGUUGGACCAGCUAAGGAUGCUGAUGGCUAUCUUACAUUCGGAAAUGAUGAAAACAUAGGAGUACGGUAUUAUAAUCUAAAGGACACUAAAACUGACGAUUAUUCAAAGCUUUCUAGAAUGGAAACUUCUGAAGACUAUUCAAAGCUUUCUAGAUCUGAAACUUCUUAAGGAGAAUUUACUAAACAACAAUUUGCUUCAACACAUUGAAUGCACUUACGUUCAUAACGUGAGAGGUCCUAUAUUAGAGUUUAUCGUCUUGCCUGAACGAGUUGUAUGUUAUUAGUUCCAGGCAUUAACCAUGUGUUUCGUUAUUCUCGUUAUUCUGUUGUCCUUUUAACAAUGAACUGAAAAUUGCAGAUAAGGGUGAAAAUAUGACUGUCCUUUUGUAAAAAAUGUUGUUUGUAUACCUUAGUCGACAGUAAUAUAAGAUGUAUGAAAAGUAUUUUGAAUUAUCAAAAUGUCAUUUAAGCUCACCAGAGCACGAUGUGUGAAGUGCUCAAGGUGAGCUGUUGUGACAGGUCAUUGUCCGGCGUCCGUCGGCGCUCGUCGUCCGUUGUCCGUCGUCAGUCGUCCGUCAACAUUUGCCUUUUAACACUUUAGAGGCCACUGUUUUGACCAAACCUUUAUGAAAUUUGGUCAGAAUAUUAGUUUUGAUGAUUUCUAGUUCAAGUUUGAAACUGGGUCAUAUGGAAUUAAAAACUAGGUCACUAGGCCAGAUCACAGGACAAACUUGUGAACAAUCUAGAGACCAUAGUUGUAAACCAAUCUUUAUGAAACUUUGUCAGAAUGUUUGCCUUGAUAAUCCCUAGGUCAAGUUUUAAUCUGGAUUAUAUGGGGUCAAAAAGUAGGUCAAAUGGUCAGAUCAAAGAAAAAGCUUGUGAACACUCUAGAGGCAAUAAUUGUGACUCAAUCUUUAUGCAACUGAAUCAGAAUGUUUGUCUUGAUUAUUUCUAGGUCAAGUUUGAAACUAGGUUAUGUAAGGUCAAAGACUAGGUCACUAGCCCAGAUCAAAGAAAUACCUUGUUAACACUCUAGAGACCACAGUUUAAGUUUAAAACUCAUGCAAAUUAGUCAGAAUGUUUGUCUUGAUGAUCUAUAGUUAAAGUAUGAAUCUGGGUCAUGUGGGAUAAAAAACUAGGUCACCUGGUCACAUCAGAGGAAAAGCUUGUGAACACUCUAGAGGCCACACUUGUGACCCAGUCUCUAUGAAACUUGGUCAGAAUGUUUGCAUUGAUGAUCUCUAAAACAAAUUCAAAACUGGGUAAUGUGGUCAAAAACUUGGUCAAUAGGCCAGAUAAAAUCUGUUGAGCGAUAUAGAGCCAUCAUGGCCCUCUUGUUUACCUUUUCAAAUGAAGUGAAAAUUAUAGAUGAGGGAUGAAAAUAUGACUGUCGUUGUGUUAAGAAAAGUUGUUUUAAACCUUAGUUGUCAAAAAUAUAAGAUGUAUGAAAAGUAUUUUGAAUUAUCCAGAUGUCAUUUUCAUUUCAUAUGUUGUUUUUUUGUUUAUUUGUGUUUUAUAGGAAUGGUCUCCGUCUGUCCGUCCUUCCGUCCGUUUGUAACAUUUUCGUGUCCGCUCCAUAUCUCUUAAACCCCUUGAAAGAUUUUCAUGAAACUUGAUUCAAAUGAUCUCAUCAUCAAGACUAUGUGCAGAACUUAUGAGUCAGCCAUGUCGGCUCCAGGUAAAGGACACAACUCAAGGUCAAAUAAUUUUGCCUUCCAUUUUGUGUUCGCUCCAUAUCUCUUAAACCCCUUGAAUGAUUUUCAUGAAACUUGGUUCAAAUGAUCUCAUCAUCAAGACUAUGUGCAGAACGUAUGAGUCAGCCAUGUCGGCUCAAGGUAAAGGACACAACUCAAGGUGAAAUGUUUUUGCCUUCCAUUUUGUGUCCGCUCUGUAUCUCCUAAACCCCUCGAAGGAAUUUUAUAAAGCUUAGGCCAUAUGAUCAACGUAUCAAGACAACGUGCAAAAUAUAUGAGUCAGCCAUGCCGGCUCAAGGUCAAUGUCAAAACUUAAGGUCAAAGUUUUGAGCCUUCCAUUUUGCGUCCGCUCUGUAUCUUCUAAACCACUGGAGGGAUUUUCAUGAAACUUGAGUCAAAUGAUCACCUCAUCAAAACAACGUACAGCACUUAUGAGUCAGCCAUGUUGACUCAGGGUCAAGGUCACAACUCAGGGUCAAAUGUUUGAAUCUUUCAUUUAGUGUCAGCUCUGUUUCUCCUAAUCCUCUUGAAGGAUUCAUAUGAAACCUGGGUCAAAUGAUUACCUCAUCAAGACGAUGUGCAGAACUCAUGAGUCAGCCAUGCUGGCUCAACGCCAAGGUCACAACUUAUGACCAAAUGUUUGAGCCUUCCUUUUGGUGUUCACACUUUAUCUCCAAAACCCCUUGAAGGAUUUUCAUGAAACUUGGGUCAAAUAAUCACCUUAUCAAGACGAUGUGCAAGAUUUAUGAGUCAGCCAUAUCAGUUAAAGGUCAAGGUCACAACUCAAAAUCAAAGGUAUACCCUUUCACUAUCAAUAAGACUGGCGGGGGAUUUAGCUAUCUCUCAGACUAGUACUGCCUUGUUUACAAUGAAGUGAAACUUAUAGAUAAGGAAUAAAAAUAUACCUGUUCUUGUGUUAAGAAAAGUUGUUUUCAUACUUCAGACGACCGUGAUAUAUGAUGCAUGAAAAGUUAUUUUUCUAAUUAUCUAGAUGUCAUUUUUACUUCAGUUCUUUUGUUUACAAUAAAGAAAAAAAUAUUGAUAAGUGAUAAAAAAUGAUUGUCCUUAUAUUACAAAAAUUGUUUUUUAUACUUCAGACGACAGUUAUAUAAGAUGUAUGAAAAGUAUUUCGAAUAUGACUGUCCUUGUGUUAAGAAAUGUUGUUUUAUACCUCAGUCGACAGCAAUACAAAAUAUAUGAAAAGUAUUUCGAACUAUCCAAAUGUCAUUUUUACUUUAUCUUUUUUGUGUGUAAGAAUAGCAUUUAAGGGAUAAACAUACCUAAGCUCAUUUUGAUAAAUUUAGUUCAUUUUUCUAUGCAUUUUAAUUUUUAUUUGUGCGAUGCUUUUAAUACGCUUGUAACUAAUUUAACACUGCGUCUGUUUUUGUUUUGUUGUUGUUGUUUAUUUUGACUGCACGAUUAUUAGACAACCGUUGUUUCAAAACUUUUGCGAGAAAUCGAAACAAAACUAUUAGUUUUACAGUUUUGUUCAUACGAUAGAGGUUAAAAGUGUCAUACAAUUAUUAUAAGGAGAAACAGUUUGUUUUACUGUUCAGCGACAUUUGUUUGAUAAAAUGACAGCAAUGCGUUAUUCUAACUUGUAACUAAACUACAAAUGAAUAAGGUAAAAAAAAUGAAAAUUGUUUAAAUACCUUAUACAUGUAUAGUUUCUAUUAUCAUGGUGAUGGCAAGCUUAUUGGCACUUUUAUUAAUUUUAUGUUUUAUUGAUUAAACUUAAAAAGCAGAGAUCUGUGCCAUUUUAAAGUAAACUGAGACGAGAGAUAUGAUUACUCUCUAAAGUAAUUUUGCAUAUUCCUGAUAUGAAAUAGUACAUUUGUUUAUACUGUUAUACUGACCGACUAAACAUUCUUUUUCAUUAAUAGAACUGAAACCAUAAUAGAUAUAUGAAAGUGUGUGCAAAAGGAGGAUUUAUUUCUGUUAAGAAUCGGUCUGUUUAGAUAAAUACAAUGUCAUAAAUAACAAUUGUAAAAUGAAUAUGGAAAAAAGUACACAAUAUAUAUAGAAAUAAUAAAUGUGUCAUGUUCAUAUUAUUCAGGUAUACGUCACAGUAACCAAAAAGAAAUGAGUAAUGAUUAUUGGUAGUGUAAAAGUCUAGGUCUAUAAAUGAUGGAGCGGGACUUAUAUACCACAUUUUUGUUAGUGUUUGCAAUCUACCAACGGCAUCAACUAUCAUAAAUCUGAGAUAUCAUAGGUGGCUACCAAGACGGCGGCCAUAACCCUUACCCUGUGAAAUUUCUUUAAUGAACUUUUCCAUCGUCAAUUUGGAGAGUACCAUUAACUGUUUAAGGGAGCGCUUAUCAAAAUGAUACUGUCUGAAUGGCAAACAAUACAUGAUCUACACUGAUCGCAAAAGUCCAGCAUGAUAAAGGUUAAUAUAAAUUGCUAACGAAAUUUUGUUAAAAUCUCAUAUUAAAAUAUAUAUAUAUA